AUGCAGAUACCCUUCUUACCACUUCCGCCGUCUUUCAAUCCCUUGUGCGAGGCUAGCUGGUCUGUGCUCGCCACACAGGUGGAAAGUUGGCUGGUUGACACCAUUCGGGACGUUAGAGCGCCUGAGUGGGCUUGGGGCUGUAACGCAUUCUGGAUGGCAUUCAUUGCCGCCAAUCCAGACUUUCCUCGGGGGUCCUGGCCUAACUGGAACCCUAAGAUCAGUUUAGAAGGGAAAUUUAUCGAGUCUUGGACGGCGGACAACCUGACUAUACCAGCUGAUAGCCCUCUCAGUCAGCACAUCCUGGAUGAGAUUCGCACAAGUAUAUGGAAUGAUUUUCAGCUUAUUUUUCCUUUCCCCCAUACUCGUAGCAUUUUGUUUUUGUAUAAAUUAUACUUGUAG